AUGGCAACGCAAAUUAUUCUUUUAACCGCCCUACUAGCAAUGGCCCAAGCUUCCAAUUUGGACUAUUUUGGAAAUUUGGGAUACACCAGAAAUUUGGCAUACAAUGGAUACCUAGGAUACAAUGGAUAUUUAGGAUACAACAGAUAUUUGGGAUAUAAUGGACAUUUAGGAUAUUCUGCCCCAUGGACCUUUGGUUACUCGGGACGUUACUUACCCACUGGAUAUCCAAACAUUUAUAAUUCUCCAUUUAUUACAAAAACCAUUUCUGCCCCAACCGUUGAAACUCCAGUUUUCAAUAGUUUUUCUUACACACCCACCGUUUCUAAAUACGCCAUCCAUUCUAAAACCGAUCCUGCCAUCACCAGAACCCUUUCUAAAGAAGCUGUUAAAAUUUUACAAGAAAAAAUCUUUUCCCCAAUCUACGAUGCUCCACUAGUAACCAAGAUAGCUCCAGUGGCAAAAUCUGUAGCCCCAAUCGAAGUCAAAACCGUUAGUGGUGAACCAACUAUUUCCGAAUACUCCACUUAUGUGGCUAACACCCCAGCUUUCGAGAAGACCAUUGUCCACCACCAGGCCCCAAUUGUCCAAGAAAGGGUCACUCCAUUGGUUCAUCACAGAAUCGCUGGGAGCUUGUAA